GAGGGUUUUCAGUACAUGUUAACGUGCUUUAGUUUUGGCCAUGGAGGGUAGUUGUAAUGGCAAGGAGCGCGGAGGAGAGACAACUCGAUACCGAGGAGUACGACGGCGGCCUUGGGGGAAAUUUGCGGCGGAGAUUCGUGACUCGAACAGGCACGGUGCUCGUGUUUGGUUGGGCACUUUUAACACGGCCGAGGAGGCUGCUCGAGCUUAUGAUAGAGCGGCGUAUGCCAUGAGAGGCCACUUAGCAAUUCUCAACUUCCCGGAGGAGUAUCCCAUGGGUAAUGGGGGUUCUACUUAUGCUUAUUAUGCUUCUUCCCACGUUGGUUCUUCUUAUUCUUCUUCGUCGUCGUCGAUGGGAAGAGACAAACAGGUUUUCGAAAUUGAGUAUUUUGAUGAUAAAUUGCUUGAAGAACUUCUCGAAAAUGAAGAGACAAACAGCAAGAAAAUGUGA